AUGGCGAGCCGUGAUGAAGUGGUGAUCGAUGGCGACUCGACGGAAGACGAUGAGGAAGUGACCAUCAUCACGCCUGAAGCCCGCAAGCGGCGCCGCCGCUCUAACAUCAUGUCCUUAGCAGCUUCCUCCGCUCCUCGACGCCAACAGCAGCUACUUCUAAAUGAAAACGGCGUCUCAUCGAAACCCAUGACGCUGCGCACACCAACAAUGUCACGACGCUCGAGUCGCAACAUGCAGCAAUUGUCAAUAUCUGCAGCUGUGGCUCGUGGAGAACGUGGACGCCGUCAGCAGCAAGAAGGAGAACAACAAGACGCAGAAGAACGAGAAGGUUCAGGAGAUGAUGAUGUCCGCGUUGUCCAUCCGCCGUCUGUUAGCUCUGUAGGCAGUAGCGGACGCAAGAGUCGACGUCCCGCAAUCCACGAUAGCGACGAGGAGAUGGAGAAGGAUCAAGACGAGCCAAAAGAAGACUCUGACGGCGAACAAGAAGUGGAAAUUGAUGCUGAAGGGUCUUCAGCAUCAAGACGUAGCUCCAGAAUCCAUCACAAGCGCCAGGAGAAGGAGAAACAGCAUGCUAGUGCGCGUAAACUUGACUAUCCGGUGCUGGACAAUUGUCUCGAGAGUUUACAGAGCUUAGGACCUCACUAUAAUGGAGAUGGUGAUGACGACGAAGACGAAUACAAGGAAUCCGAGCCAGAAGAACCCUCUCCGCCACCUAAGAAGAGACGACGCUCAGUACCCCGAGCUGGAGAGCGAGACAACCGAGAGAAAGUCUACGCGGAUGCUGGAGACGACGUGGACGAUUUUAUCUGUGGCGAUGAUGAGAUCGAGUACAUGAAUGACGAUGAGGAGGCUGUGAUCAGUGUCGCGUCGUCAGAUGAUGACAUGGCGGCAGAUGAUCCUGAAGAGCUGAGGGCGAUGCUGGAUGCAGGACGUUCGCGCGAAGUUAGCGAGUGGUUUGGGAUCUAUCUGGAGUAUCUGGAGGAGUGUAUCAUCGAUCCUGACUUUGAGAGCACGAUGCGUCGCAAGAGCUCUAAGGCGAAGCACCAGCUUUACGCACAAGCAAUCAAUCACAUUGAACGCAAACUGUGUUCAUGUCGUGACACUGUACGCUCCGGUGUGGCAUGGCCGGAGGAUAUGGUGGACGCUUUGAAUCAUGCAUCAUUGUACCGGUCAAGCCGCGUCUCUGCUGACCAAGAUUGCGAGGCUUGCAACCGUCGCCAGCAUGUAGCUACGUACCACGUAGACCUGGCUGGAUAUGCUUGUGACGCUACGAAGCUUUACGGCCACAACUGGAUGCGCCAUCUGAAAGAUUCAGUAAAGGAAGCAGCUCCCGUCCAAAUUUCUUUUGAAAUGGGCAGUGUAUGUUACGCGCGUACGUCGGCGUAUUGGCAAAUGCUUCAUGCCAAACAAUUCUGGUGUAUCAUUAUUGAUGCAAAGCGUAAGAGGUGUGCGGAUAGCAGUGGGCGGAUUGCUGAGCCGUAUCGUGAGGGGUUCGUUAAGAAGGAGUUCGGUCGGUUUAAGAAAUUGGUGGGUCUGGUGGAAAAGUUCGCUGAGGACUCGAAGCGAAUCACCCAAUACAUGCCGAACGAGUGGAAGAAGAUUACGCGACGCAAUGUGACCAAGACUCGUCGGGGCACGCUCGAUGCGUUUGUUGGCGAGAGUGAAGAAGAGGAGACCGAGGAUGAAGAAGAAGCGAUGGAAAAGACGGAGCAAGAAAAACGAUCAGCUGCAGCAGUAGACAACGACGACAUCCAGGCCACGGACGAUGAAGAAGAAACAAAGGACUUGGAGAUAAUCUCCCCACAACGAACACCACGCUCGGAAAGCAAGAAGGAGCAGAAACUCCAGUCGCCAAGCAGUGAAGAAGAAAAGAAAGAAGAACCACAAGUGAAGGAUGAGAAGCCUGUUGAGAAGGACAUCGAUGACCUCAUGUGUUUGGUAUGUGAUGCCAGCCCACGUAACGCCGGUGUCGUCCACGGGAUUUACUUGCACGUGUACUGCUGCUAUGCAUGUGCUAAGCGCCAACACCGAAUGAAAUGUGGCUGUAUGGUUUGCAACCGGCCAAUUGAUCGAGUGCUUCGGUUGCUCCCACUCACAGUGGACGCACGAAACGCUAUCCGAAACCAGCAGAAGAAUUCUUAG